GUGGUAGAGGUAGACGGAGAGAGAGAGAGAGAGAGAGAGAGAGAGAGAGAGAGAGAGAGAGAGAGAGAGAGAGAGAGAGAGAGAGAGAGCGAGAGAGAGAGAGAGAGAGCGAGAGAGAGAGAGAGAGAGCGAGAGCGAGAGCGAGAGCGAGAGAGAGCGAGUAAAAGGGGGAGUGUGUGCAGUGGAGUAAAGUUUGAUGCAGUUAAACCUCAUUCCCGAGAGCUCAACAGAGCGACUGACAGCAGCGUCACUCGCCCAACUUUUUAGAACAAAUUACAACAAACCAAAUAGGCCAGGGAUUACACAUCCCCUUAUUCCAAUCCAACCGGACACUCGACAGUCUCACAGGUACAAUGGGAGAGGACUCGUCCCACGCCGACCGGUGCAGCAUUUCCAGCUCCACUCCUGUCCUUCCACCGCUCCAACUACAAGCCGAGAGAGGGGACCUUCUCAUCCCGAGCUGCGGCGGCAGCCCAUCGCCGUCCGCGUCCGGCGGCACCCUCGCCCGCAUGGGCUUCAAGAUGCCCACCAGCCCUACCUCCCCGGGGGCCAGCAGCCCUGCAGACCGCGGGCAGGUGAGCGCCAUCACGGUGGUGGCGCUCCUGGACAAACUGGUGAACAUGAUGGACGCGGUGCAGGACAACCAGCAGCGGAUGGAGUCCCGUCAGGCCGAGCUGGAGGGCGCGGUGAAGCUGGUGCAGGGGGACAUGAACCGCCUGACCAAGACGCACAUGGCGACUGCCCACAGCGUCAACAAGCUGCUGGAGCGCUCGCGUAAGGUGGGCGACAGCAUGAAGGAGGUGAAGGAGCGUAUGGACAAGCAGGGCACCAUGGUGAAGCGGCUGGAGAACAACCACCACAACCUGCUCAAGAGGAACCACUUCAAAGUGCUCAUCUUUCAGGAAGACAGCGAGAUCCCCACCAGCGUGGUCGUCAACGACUCCCUCAAGUCGCCGCCCCCCAGCCAGUUCGAUGCCGAGUCGGUCCUGCCAGCCCCCUCUGUCGCGGGCUCUGCAGACGCCAACUUUGGCACCGACGAGGGUCUCCAGACCAUAAGCCUCACUUCCGAAGACGAGGCUCUGGCCUGUGAAGAGGAAGUCUUCCCGGAUUAUGAGGCCUCCGUGGCCCAGGGCAGCUCCAUCACCCUGGAGCGCUCCAGGGCGGACAAGCUGAAGCGCUCCAGCAUGAAGAAGGUGGACAGCCUGAAGAAGGCCUUCUCCCGCCACAGCAUCGAGAAGAAGAUGACCCAGAUCGGCACCAAGAUCGUGCCCCCAGAGCGCCGCGAGAAGAUCAAGAAGAGCUUCACCCCCAACCACCCCAAGAGCCCCACCUCCAGGAGCUCCUCCUUCAAGGUGUCCCCCAUGACCUUCAAUGUGAAGAAGGUGCGCGACUCCGGGAUCUCCGUGCAGGACGGCGGGGAGAUGGCCCAUGUGGAGAUCCCUGCUCUGGGCAGCAUGGACGGAGAGGCCUCCAUGGCAGAGGUGCACGACCUGGCCGAGGGCCUGGCAGGGGGGGCAGCGGGAGCUCUGCAGAGCUUCAAUGCAGAGGUUGUGGUCAACGGAGACAGCCAAAGCGUGGAGGCGGUCGACCUGAGUUUCGACCGCACCGCAAGUUUGGCGCUUCCGGAGCAGGAAGAAGUGGAUGGGGAGGAUUCCAUCGAGGGAGAGCAGGAGGAGCUGGAAGUCCUGGUUAAUGGGGCCACUGAUUUCGCCGCUGACGUCACAGCUGAUGUCACGGCUGACGUCACAGCUGAUGUCACGGCUGACGUCACAGCUGAUGUCACGGCUGACGUCACAGCUGAUGUCACAGCUGACAUCAAGGCUGAUGCCGUGGCUGAUGUCGCGGCUGAUGUCGCUGCGGAAGUCGGGGCUGAUGUCAUGGCUGAUGUCGUUUCACAGAAUGCUGUUUCCUUGGCAGCCGUUGCUGUGGAGCAAGCAUCUUAAUCAGUAAUUAGUUUGAUUCUUGGAUCUUUAAAGGUGACAUAUUAUACCCCCAGGUGUGAGUUUGAUCAGCCGUUACAAGCCGUUUUGAAAAUUUGCCUCUUCUGACAUCAAAAGUUGGCGUGUCCACCUAUAUAUAAGACGGAUAGAUGAGCAACGUUUGCCGCAGUCCACUGGGUAGGCUGGUAGACUGAUCUAUCCAGCACACAUAUAGGUGGAAACGCCCAGUUGUGAUAACAGAAGAGGCAGAUUUUUCAAAACGUCUUGUAACGGCUAAUAAAUCCAAAAAUCUAAAAUAAAUCAACUUACACUACCACCUGGUUUUAUAAUAUGUCCCCUUUAAAGCUUCUGCUUGUUUUGACUGGUUUUAAUUAGAAGUUGUCUUUCUAAAUUGUCACUGUUUGUUUGGCAACUCUUUUAAUGUUGUAUUACUUCUCACAGUCUUGCAUCAUCCCACCUUAAUACCGAUGUGCCUCUAGACAACAAUAGUCUAGAGAGAAUUAACACUGGCUGCAUCCGAAUACUUAGUACAUACUAUUUCUGUUCAGUGUCUACUACUACUAAGGUACUACACUUGACAGUAGGUGCGUUUCCACCCCCUGAUUUUAUGCAAACUUUGAAGUAUCAAAUCAGUAAACGGUGAUGGAAACACCAAAAUUCGCAUAAAAAAUCCUCUAAUUUGCAAAAAAGUUUAUCCGCUCGCAUGAGGCGGUUUUUGAGAAAUGCGAAAGAGAGUAAAUUCGCAAAAUGCCGAGAUGGAAACACACUUUUCGAAACAGCUGUGACGUAGCGAACUUUGAACACACAGGACUCUUCUCUAUUACAUUUGUUCCAGCUUUUCUACUUCUACCAUUUAUUACAGCCACGUAUCGGCAUACAUUUUUUGCCUACAGCGCCACCUUUUGCGAACUUUCUAAAGAUUCGCAUCACCUUUUAGAUGGAAACGCAGCUACUGUAGUACGCCUCCGAACACCGCCGAAACUCCACCGGAUGUUUGGAGAUGACGUAUCUCCCUUCAGAUGCCGGCAAAAUUACCUUGAUAAGUUACCCUUUUUCCGUCUUGUCAUCUUUGCUAUUAAAUUAAAAAUGUCUCUUUCUAAUUACCGAUUAAAGAAACAUUUAAUACUGACUAUUAGUACUUACAUUUCGAUAUUUAGAAAUUUGCGGGAGCCGCUGUUGGUGGUGUCGGGUCAGCCAUCUCUUCUUCGUCCGUUAUCAGACACCGGUUGCAUUGUGGGAUAGCGUAGUGACCUACCGUUGUACACUGUGGUGGUAGUACGCAUUCGGAAUUUUUUUCCGUACUACACAAUGCGUACUGAGCAUUCGGACGCGCUAUAUUUGUGGCGUACUACAAAAUGCAUACUAUAUAGCAGUCAAGUAUGAGUAUUCGGAUUCAGCCACUGUCUUUCUACUUUUUCUUUCUUAACCUGUUUGACAAUAACCUAACUGAUACACGAGUUAAUAGCAUGAAUCCAACCCAAUGCAGGUUUUUCCCUAGACCCCCUGUGUGGUGGUCUCCAAACGUACCUCCUUUUUGUGUCACAUUCACAUUAACUCACUCUCACAGAACUAAACCCAAGCCAUUCAGGACCCCCAUAUCUCCGGGGUGAGCGGAAAACCAUCUUCCUCCUCCUCCGCCUCCUCUGUUGGUCUUUCUCUGGAACGCACUAUCCGGCGAAGAAAUGGACUCUUUGUUCAUUUGAAAGAAUUAAAGGAAAAAACAUUACUGCCCGCAGCUGGUGGAGUCGGUGGGUUGCCAGGUUGUGUUGAAGAGGGAAUGGGACGUUUCAAUGGCAUGUUUUCAAAAGAGCAGACCCAGAGUCUUUUUGUGGACUUCAUUUCCCAGAAGCUGAUACAAGAACGUCCAAUGUCCUUAACUUCCUGUAAACACAUUAACGCGUCCACUGUCCACAUCCACACAUAUGUUGAAUCGAAAUUCAUAUCAACUAGCUAAUUUGUUUUAACAGGGAAAGUAUACUUACACCAACUUGGUACACUUGUGACUCAUAGAUUGGGGGGUUCAAUUCUUAGUGAUGUUUUGCUCAGUGACGACAAAUUUAUAUGAUAAUCUUAAUGCAUUAAAUAUAUUCUUAAUACAAUAAUAACAAUAGCAAGAUAUACCCAUGUUUUUGUAUGCUGCAAAUACACAAAACACUGGUUGGGUGCUCAAUGACAGGUAGAAGGGAAAUAUGGGUUUUCAUUCAAGGUUUUCUUUACUUGUUUGUUUGUGUGUUUGUUUACAGGAAAUAGUCAACAUUAUUAAUCAAUAUUUACUAUUUUGACACUAUCCAACAGAAGCUUUAACAAUUGUAUGGUUGUAUCAAUUAAUAUAAGGCCAGCGAUAAUUCUUCAUUGAAUUUCCGUACUAAAACUUAUGUUGCAUCCAUUUGUAUUUAGUAUUAUGAUACCGUCUUAUUUGAGGAACUAUUUUGUUGAUGUCAACAAAUCGUUUCUGAACCUUUGCUGGUUAAACAUUUUCCUUAAUACAACCUUGUUGUGUGUGUUACGUGUGAAUACCUUUUCUUCUUUACUAAACACCAAUGGGAACAUCUAAAGCUACGAUGAGAAACGUUGGGGUAUUCUUAUACUAUUUCAUCUUGCAUGCAUAGAUAGAUAAAAAGCAUAGAGUAAUGUUUAUUCUUUAUUGCUUCUUACAGUAUAUCUUAGGCAUAAGCACAGAAACCCAAAUGCAUACACACAAACACAUGCAGGGUCUUUGCCAAUGUACAAAAUGUACAAGGAUGCUUAAUUCCUCUGUAUGACUCAAUCUUGUGUGAGUAAUAGAAAGUGAUUUGCAUGAAUUGAAUUGUCCUGGACCUUUUUGGAUACCUCCAACUUUAUAGACAAACAAGAAAAGUUAUAAAAAUGUAAGAAAUUAUGCCUAGUCUGGAAGCCCUGAAUGAAAGACAGAGAUAGGAGAGAUAGAUAAGGGGCAAGAGGAGAAGGAGAAAUACCAGAGCAUUCCUCUGUUUGAUGGAUGUGUCUUCUACAGGCUAUUCCUCAUGCUCCUGGCCUCCUUGUCGAGACCCAGGAAGAGAAGAGGAAGAGGCGUUUGGGAGCCAGGUGUGCGCCCCAGAUGGAGGUUCUCUUCAUACCAUAGGGCUCAGGUUUACAGGGUGGGGAGGGGGCGGAGGUUGUUCUGGGUGGGGAGGGAAGAUGUUUGCUCUGGACAGUGUGAUGCACUCCAUGGGGAGAAUUUGUGCCUCAGCCAUGGGGCCUUUGGUAACUGAGUGGGUUGGGAGGGGGUAGAGGGUGGUGAUGGUGUCUGAUGUAGAAACGGUGAUGGAGUUGGCUUGUGUAUUGAGGUCGGUUGAUAAUUAAUGGUGGAGUAGCAAAGUAUUUAUAAAAGCCUACAUUAGAAGAGAGGGACUGGUGGAAUUAAAGUUGAAAAGCAGGUGUGGCAGGUGGGGGAUACCUUGCUGUCCUUUUUAGGUGAAUCAUAAUAUUGUAAUAAAUACUAAUUCGUUCAACACCAAGCAGAAUUAUGUAUUUUUUUCUCUGACUUGAUGAUAUAUUGCCAUAAUGUCAAAACUAUACAAUACUGGUGCAUGAGAUCUGUUAAAGAGUUAUGGAUAAAACUGUUUGUUUCCAACGGCACUUGACGUGUGGGUGUGUGUGCUUGUGUUUGAGUUCAGUUGCCUUUCUGUAAUUUUGCUGCAGUUUUUUACAUGAAAAGUUGAGUCGCUAUAUGCCUCACUCCAGGAGAAACAAUAAAAAUAAUUGUUUCUAUUCCUUUAAAUUCUUCUUAUGUAUAGGCCUAUACUUAUUAACAUCCAUAUAUGUUGUUCCAUGGGAGUUGAAUCGUGGAUAAAACAGCACAAAAAAAUGACACAUGUAAUUUGUAUGUUUUGGAUUCAAUAAAUAUGUGUGAGCUAUA